AUGAAACAAAUGACUCCCAUUGGACGUACGGUAGCCAUCAUCGGCGGUUGUGUUAUGAUUUUGGCUUGUGUUCUUUAUGUUCUCAGCAAUGGCUUACCACUAUGAGCUGCUGGCUUGUGGUUGGAAUGCAAUUGGAACACAAAGAAUAGCAGUUGUACAAGACUACCAUUGACAUGCUCACGAGAUUCUUCUUUUUCGUUGUGCUUGAAAAGAAUCUUUGCUCGAGUAUUCCUAACAGCGGCUUGUUUUGUAUCGCUUCUAUCUGCUCUAUGUCUUUUUAUAAGCAUUGUACUCAAAUCGAAACUACAUCGAAUUCUGACUAUAGUCGCUAAAAUUCUUCCUUUGAUCUCAUUCAUUUUUGGUUUUAUUGGAGUCGCUCUUGGUAUUGCUUACGUUGCUGGCGAUCUCACGGAUACCAUUCGUGAAGCAGCUAUCUUAGGCAUCACGGCUGUAUGUGCGAACAUAAUCGGUGUACUUCUAGCAUUAGCAAUUCGAUAG